AUGCAUCCUGAAAUGUUUGAUGAGCUUCUCAACCGAGUAGGUCCAGGAUGUCAGAAACCAGAUACCCCCUUCAGGAAAGCGCUGGAUCCAGUCGAAUGGCGCACACUUGCGGAAGAGUUUCAGACAAAGUGGAAUGUGCCUCACGCAUGCGGAGCAAUUGAUGGCAAACACGUGGCUAUCAGAUGCCCAAAUAACACUGGAUCGUUGUUUCACAAUUACAAAGGCUUCUUUUCGGUGGUUCUUCUGGCUUUGGUGGACGCCGAUUAUAGGUUUGUGUGGACAGAAAUUGAUGGAUACGGGUCCAUGUCUGACGCUCAGAUAUACGAGUCCGAAUUGAAGGAGUGUUUGGAAGAUGGAACACUCGGAUUCCCAGACCCAGACCCAAUACCCAAUGAUGAUCAGGACAUGCCAAAUUUUAUCUUGGGUGAUGACGCUUUUGGACUACGAACCCACCUGAUGAAACCAUACUCCCACCGAGGACUUUCGAAGCAAGAGUUUAUAACCAACUAUAGAAUUUCAAGAGAGAGACGUGUAGUAAAGAACGCUUUAGGUAUACUGGCACAGAGAUGGCAGAUAGUAUUGACCACAAUGAUGCAAGGACCUGACAUAGUGAGAACUGUACUCGAGGCUUAA